AUGGAGGUUUCUUUGUUUGGAGCUGACAAUGGCGAGCCUGAAUCGAACGAUUUUCACAAAAUGGUCUUGCUCAAUUAUGGCAGUAUAGAUGGCCGUCUAGAAGACGACGAAGAAGAAGUUGAGGAAGAGGAGGGAAACGGCAAAGAAGUACCGCUCCCGAAAGAGUCUUCACCCAAAAAGGGGUCUAGGAAGAGCGAAGAAAAAAAUUCAUCUGAUACGUCUAAUCGUUGUGAGACUGUGGCGACCACUCCUGUUCGUGGACCGUUGUCGUCUUUGGAGGGUGGUUCAUCUAGUGUUGAAGAGAAAAUUGAAAAGUCCAGUCCAAUGAGUAUGGAAACGGAGGAAGUGAAACAGCCGCCGGCUCCCUUGAAUUCCGGAAAGCGUGGCCCAUAUGAGAAGAAAGGUAGAGGAAGGCCGAGGAAAAGCCGAGAAAUCAUUUCUCCUCCCAAGACAGGGAGACCUCGUGGUCGUCCACGAAAGGAUGGAGGUCAUUCAGUGCGGAAGGUGGAACGGAAAUCUGUUGAGAGAAAACUACAUGAACGUUUGCAAAAACGACGACCGCGCCGUGCCGCUGCUAUGAUACAGGAUUUCCUUGAAUUCUACGCAAAAGUAGACCUGGCCGAUCUUGAGUUUAUCCAUGCCAGAGCCACUACGUUUGUAAGGAUGCUGGUGGAUGAGUACAUCGAGGAAUCUAAAGCGAAUUCAGCCAAGUCCUCUUCUCGUAGCGAUAAUCAAAAUUCACGUGAGUCGAAAAGUUUAUCGCUUUUUAUAUUUGGAAUUGUGGAAUUCCAAGAUGAUAGCGUGCAUUGA